CACAAAUGAUACUGUUGCCAUAUGAGCUCCCUGGAGAAAAAUCACAGGUAACACGUACAGGAGGCUUUGGAUCAACCCGUACUGAAGGCGACGGCGACUCUUCCUUUCACCCACAGGUGGCGGCAUUGGUACACCGAAUAUCCCUGCACAAACCUCAACGUAAGUAUAACCUCCAAGGGCACAACGGCAUUAUCAGACGACCGAAGUUCUUCCUGCUCCAAAGGUAACCUAUCGUCAGCUACCUGGCCCGGAGUGGAGCGGACCUGUGCCACUAAUCACCUGGGGGCGCGGUUACGCAGCUGUAUCAACACCAAGCGGCCCGCUCUGGGUACCUGCACGAUACGUUCGACCAUACAAGGAUGGCGUGGCAUCAGGGACUGAGCAACCCCAUCCCUGACUUCAACAUACACUUAUAUGAUGAACAAGGAAAAGUAACAACGGGCCGAAAACGAGGGGGCCAGCGAAAUGCACCUGCCACAUGGGGCCAAGUAAAGAACCUAGCUAAUCAGGCUGAACAACUGUUGGAAAAAACAGGACAAGAGAAAACGGCAGAGAACUAUAUGAUGGCAUUAAUAGCCUCCUUAAAUGCCAAUUCUGUACUUUUGUUAACAAUAAUUAUUUUCAGUUUAACUACUGUCCCUACGGAAGGGGGACCGAUAGUGACUGGGGGGGUUCAUCUUAAUAUAUGGGAGGUAUUUGCAAAGACUUUAAACCAAAGUACCUUCUGCUUAACGGAGCAGAGGGCGGUGGGGGAGGUGCUAGGAUCUUGCCUAAUACCAGUAUGCCAUAAUCCCAAAGACAUCAACAAUGAUACAUGGUUUUAUAAUUCUCUAGAACAAAAUUCUACCCUUAGGGAAUUAGGGUACCCCGGGUACCAUAAUUGGGGAGAUCGACUAACGCACAAACCGCGUUUUGCCGUUACCCUGUUAACACCGCAUGUUGCUAGUUUUAAUGUUAGUUGUGCUAGAAUGGUUAAUUGUACCAAAAAGACUUGUAUUCAAUUCCCAAAAGGGAACUUCAAUUGCUCAAGUAUGGUUAAUAUAUCAUAUAUGUAUGAGUACCUACAAUUGCCAAGGGGCUGGUUCUGGUCCUGCCCCGGAUAUACCUUUAACUACAUUCCAGCCAACAUCAGUCAUGAAACUCCAUGCUGUCUUAGUAGGCUGUCUUUGGUUUUGCCUCAAAAGGAAACUAAGGGUACACCACUUACUAAAACAAAACGGAGUGUAUUCCUUGAUGAAAGCUGUGAUAGUCACGCGGCCCUAAUUAGUAAGGCCGAAUACGUUGCGCUGGCCGUAUCCCUGGUUGGGGUGCCCGGUCUGGCGGCACGAAACAGUAAAAACAUUAACGCCUUAGCCUGCUCGGCAGUAAAAGCCUUAAAUACAACUUCUAAAGCUCUAGCCUUGUUAAAUGAGGAACAGGGCGAAUUAAGACAUGGACUUUUGCAAAACAGAGCGGCCAUAGAUUAUCUUUUAAUGCAACAUCAUUAUGGGUGUGAAAAAUUGGAUGGUAUGUGUUGCUUUAACCUAAGCAAUAAUGAAAAAGCAGUGCACAACCAAAUUGUAAAGCUACAUAAUUUAACAAAAGAAGUUACUAUGGAUGUUGGUUUUUCAGGAUUCUGGGACUGGCUUACUGGAUGGCUGCCAGACCUAUCCUGGCUAAAGCAAAUGUUUGCAUAUGUUAUUGUUAUAGCUGCAGGAUUAAUAGUUUGUUGCUGCAUAUUACAGUGUAUUCCUUCACUUAUUAGCCUAUUUGUCCAUGGCUGCCCUUGGCAACGACUUAAUACAAAACAGAGCAUUCAUUAUGCCUGCAAAUUGCUUAAAAACAAAAAGGGGGAGAUGUAGUGAAAAUAUGCUGUGCUGGCAAACCACACACAUGUUUAUUACAUUUACUCCUGGCUUAAGGUAAAGCAAUGCUCAGGUUAUUGAUUAAGC